GCUUUACCUACCAUCGAAAGCUCUGACCAAAGUACCAAACACGUUUCUGCAUGGCUAUGAUUAGCAGUUGAGGGCGCUUCUAAUGGAACAAUAAACAAAGCAGGACUCGUAUGGAGCACCAAGCCCUGACUUGUGCGCGGUCAAUCCUAUCCAACCGCGCCCUAAUAAAAAAGUGAGGAAAAACACCCGUUCGUGAUCGUGUUUAAAGCGCACGUCGCGGCGCCCGCGUCCGAUGCUGCUGUCGCUUACUCGCUUCGGCAAGCCAAGGUGAGAAUUGUGCACACGGCCAGUGCAAGCGGAAAAAACCACCCCACGGGCCACGGUUUCAACAGCGUCCAGCAGCACAUAGAUAUCGCGUUCUCGCCCGGGUCUUGGAUUAUUCGCUUGGGUUGCUUUGGUCGUAGUCCACCGGUAAACGGGGCGGCCGACUAAUCGUUGCACAAGCUCGCGGCGCGGCGCGGCGCCGCCAUGUCGUCUCCAGCGCCAACGUCGCCGGCUACGCCGUCUCCACCACCACCGGCUCCGGUACCGCCCACGCCGUCCCCGCAGCCGCCGACUCCGGCGCCGGUACCGCCCACGCCAGCGCCGGUACCACCAACUCCCGCGCCGGUGCCGCCCACGCCAGCGCCGAUUCCGCCUACCCCCGCGCCGGUGCCGCCCACGCCUACGCCGUCCCCUCCUCCUCCGUCUCCGUCGCCACCACCGCCGGUGACGCCGUCCCCACCGCCGCCAGCGACCGUACCGACGCCAUCCCCACCUCCACCGGCAUCUCCUCCACCACCGACCGUGCCAACGCCAUCACCAACGCCACCAGCAUCUCCUCCACCACCGGCGACCGCGCCAACGCCAACACCUCCUCCACCUGUACUACGCCCGCCUCCUCCCAGUGCUGUCCCGGCGUCACCACCACCUCCUGACUCCGUCCCAUCACCGCCCCCGUCUCCUAACGGCGUCCCGGCGUCACCCGCGUCUCCGCCGUCACAUCAGUUAUUGGCUCCGCCUCCACCGGCCUCGUCGACCGGAACAUCAUCAACGUCGUCAUCGCCCUCUAAAUCAUCAAGCAACGCCACCGUGGUGGGCAUAGGCGUCGCCGUCGGGGCGGUUGUUCUGAUCGGCCUCGCCGUCGGCCUCAUUUACUGCUUCGCGGGAAGGAAACGACGCCGGCGGUCGCCGCUGCCGUCUCAGGGGUUUCCAGGCGAGUUCUACGACCCGCGGCGGGGUCCAAUGACCCCGCUGCACAUGUCGCACGUGCAAUCGACGACGCCAUCCUCGACGCCGCCACUGAUGCACUCGUGGCAGCAGAGCAGCCACGGUCUGUCCGAGUCCCCGCUGCCGCCACUGAACCCUUCGCCGGCCAUCACGGGCGGCACAUUCGCGUACGACGACCUGGCGGCGGCGACGGACGGGUUCUCGGACGCCAACCUGCUCGGGCAGGGCGGGUUCGGGCAUGUGUACCGCGGCACGGUGGCCGGGCAAGAGGUGGCCAUCAAGAAGCUGCGGGCGGGCAGCGGGCAGGGCGACCGCGAGUUCCGCGCCGAGGUGGAGAUCAUCAGCCGUGUGCACCACAAGAACCUCGUCUCCCUCGUCGGCUACUGCCUCCAUGGUGAACAACGGCUGCUCGUCUACGAGUAUGUGCCCAACAAGACCCUCGAGUUCCAGCUUCACGGGAGUGGCAGGCCAACAUUGGACUGGCCGAGGCGGUGGAAGAUCGCGGUCGGCUCGGCCAAGGGCCUCGCCUAUCUGCACGAAGACUGUCAUCCUAAGAUCAUCCAUCGUGACAUUAAGGCGGCGAACAUCCUUCUGGAUUAUAACUACGAGCCAAAGGUUGCAGAUUUUGGGUUGGCCAAAUACCAAGCAGCUGAAGUAACCUCUGUUUCUACGCGUGUAAUGGGGACUUUCGGAUACUUGGCGCCAGAGUACGCUGCCACAGGCAAAGUUAACGACCGGUCCGACGUCUUCUCCUUCGGCGUGAUGCUUCUGGAACUGAUCACUGGAAGGAAACCAAUCAUGACAUCUUCAGAGUAUCAGCCUGAGACAUUAGUUUCUUGGGCUAGGCCAUUGCUGACAAGAGCUGUCGAGGAGGAAAACUAUGACGAACUGAUCGAUCCCAGGCUGGAGACCAACUACGACGCGUACGACAUGGCGCGGCUGGUUGCGUGCGCCGCGGCCGCCGUGCGCCAGACUGCGCGGUCCCGCCCGCGGAUGAGCCAGGUCGUCCGGUACCUGGAGGGCGAGCUGUCGGUGGAGGACCUAAACGCCGGCGUGAUGCCGGGGCAGAGUGCGAUGCAGCGGUCGAGCGGCGGCACGACGGACCAGAUCAACCGGCUCAGGCGGAUGGCGUUCGGGCCGGGCGCAGGAGGGAGCACCGGGACCGGGGCAAUCACGGAGUACACCAGCAGCGAGUUCAGCGAUCCCACCACCGAGUACGGGCUGAACCCAUCCAGUGAGUACACGGCCAGCAGCGCGGGCGACACGGGGGAGGUGGCCGCGGGCGCGCAGGGGCAGCAGCAGUGGCACGGCAGGCGCGCGCCCGGCGACACCGAGAGGAUGAGCCGGCGCACCACCGGCAGGCGCACCCAGUCGUAAACACACUGGCACACGGCAUUCAUUUUUGCGCUUUGUCAGGCUAUAGUAGAUUGUGAUUUCGUUCGUUCGUGUACAUGCGCGUGACAAGGCUGUGGUACUGAAUUUUGCUGUCUCUUUUUUUUUUACUUCUCUGUGUUUCGGAUUCAUGCAAUUUUUAGGCCGGGUGAGUGGAGGUUUAAGCUGUAAAUUGUAUAUGCACGUUAUUGGCGCUCCUCGGUAAACAAAAGUUAAGCUUUGAGUAUGUUAGAACUCAAGUUGUGUAAUAUUUCUAGUAACUGGCAAGGUUCGCGAGUUCAAGUUUUUAUGAUCUGAAGAACUGACAACAAAGGAUAGGUGUUAAAUUUCAGAA